CUUUUUUUUUUUUUUUUCAUUGGGUUGAACAACAGAUGACAGCAAAGAUUAAUGCAUGCACACGUACUUCAACUUCCGUUGCCCCUUUGUGCAUCUCGUCGCCUUCACUUGCAUCUCGCAUUAAUCAAACACGUGCACUCACCUGUAAUCGUGCUUUUAUUUUCUUUUAAACCUCUUUUCCAUACACCACUCACACCCCCAACAUUUUGCUAGCAUGCACAUCGUUCCCUUUUUUUCCUUUUGUCUUUUGGUAUUUAAAACUUUUUUUGUCCAUUCCCCAAAGUUCAGAUGUUAAUUGAAAGAAAAUUUAAAUACUAUACCACUGAUACAUUUCCCUCUGACCAAAUUCUCAAAUGUUUGUCCCCUUUCAUUUGAAUUUUUCAUUUUAUUUGAUUAUUUUAACUUCUCAAUUCAUCAUCCACGGCACGGAAGAUGAAGAAAUGGCGACGUCAGUCCGAAACUCUGAGCUAAUUCGACAACCCGACCUACUAGUAGAGGUGUCUGAGAUGAAACAAGAUUUGAUCAAAAUGACGGCUAUUUUAACAGCCGAUCCUUCGAAGAAAUCCCCUUCUCUGGAAGGGAGUGGUCCUGAGAAAGGAGCGCACGAUGUUUCGAGGGUGCCGUUAGAAUUAAUGGAAAAGGACCUUGAGAAAGUCAAAGAGGACCUUGAGAAAGUUAGUAAAAUACUACAAAGCGGAACAUAUGAAGGUGAUGCAACAGAAGAGACUGAAGCUGAGGAUUGGGUCGUCCUCUCUGACCGUGAGAUAGAGGAAGCACAGAUGAAUGGAGCCUUGAAAAGUCCAGGGCCUGCCUUACAUCCAUAUAAGGGUGACGGAGGGACUCCCCGAUCUAAAGUCACAAAGGACAGCAGUAAUGUUAAGGAACACCUCCUUGAUGCACCAAAAGCAAAAUCCACCACUUUAACCAAAGUACAAACACGCCUUGGGAGUGAGGAGGAAGAUGAGCAACAAGGUCUCCACUCCACAAUCUCUGAUACGUCACAAUCCGUGUCCCCGCUGGUUGAAGAGACUCCCAUUGGCUCGAUAAAAGACAAAGUCAAAGCCUUACAACAGAAAGUAGAGGCAGAGCAAACGGGAAAAGGAAUCACACCUUCACAAUUGCCUGUCAGUGCCAAAUUGCCUCCAAACCUCAUACAAAUCCGUCAACAUAGAGCAAGGCCUGAAGCUGGAUCAGAAAAACGUGAGGAGAGCAUCUCAGUUAAAGAGUUGAUGCAAGUGUUUCAAAAAGAGCCCUCACACAGAGAAUCGGGGACGUGUAAGCCCAAAACAUCCACAGUGCAAAGAUUGGAAGAUACCACAAAGUCAGAAAACCUAUUGUUAAAAUCUGUGUGCAAAGAACAAAGAGUAUCUUUGGAUUCUAAGAUUUGUCCACUCAGCAACGUGGAAAAGAAGCCCACCACAGAGUCAGAACUGACCAAAAGUAGAAACUUUGAAAAAGGUGACAAUGAAGAUAACUACCAAGACGAAGGAGCCGCUGCAUUCUCGACAAGUGCCAGUUCUGGAACUCCACAUCUGAGUUCUGAAGACAGUUGCAAACAUGAAGGUCUUGCCACUCCUGACUCAAGCCCUGAAAGCCUUUGUCUUUCACCCAAAAAUGAACAACAAACAGCACAAACAGCAGGAAAAACCACCGCAGCGUUUGAAAUAUCAAGUCAAGGCACGGAAAAGACAGGAAUACCUUGUAAAAGUCAAGGACUUGGCCCUGGUGACCAACUGUCUACUGACUUGACCUGCGAUGUGUCUUUCGGCGAGGCUGCACAUGACAGCACUCCAAGUGAGUCCACCUCUGAUGCAAGGACCAGGCCUAGGUGUUUUAAAUCUGAUGCAGAACAAAAUACUGUUUCAAACACUGUAGAGCAACUCAAUGACGACGACAGCCCCAAUUUUGAACUAUCAUUGCCCUUAGCGAGUUCACAAACUUCUAAAUCCUUUUAUAAGUGUCAUGGAAGCUUGGAGUUAUUUUUAAAGCAAGACUCUGAUCCUCUCAGUCCAUUAGCUGAGGACUCUUUGCCAGUAAGCCACAAAGACUCACUCGAAGGUAGUCCUAUAGAUGAAAACUCUUCCAUUAAGUCCCCAGAUUCCAUUGAACCCAGCCCCACCAAGGAAUCUCCCCCUCGUGACUCUUUAGAAAGUAGUCCUGUCAACCAUUCAUCAUUCACAUUCGAGGUAGAUCGUCCAAGUCAAUCUCCAAUCCCUCCGGAGUCCUUUAAUGAAGCAGCGUUCAAAGAUACAUUGCGUGGUAGGCGUUUCCGAGACCCUGAGGGUAGUGCUGAUGAUGACAGUUGUGAGUUGACAUCACAGAUGACGAGUUCUGGUAAGAGUCCUCCCUCCCCUGAUACCCCGAGUUCCGAUGAGGUAAGUUAUGACUUAAAUCCCAACCAUCCUGAUCAUUCAUCCCUCUCUUUCCAAUUCAAACCAGCGGUCAUCUACGAAGACCCAGAAGAAGACGAUACGUCAGACAGCAGUGAACCUCAGAAAAGAGUUACAGCUAAAAUGAAAUCGGUUGAUGAGAUGGAAGGGGACAUAGAGUUCCCAAGGGACACGCAAUGUAAAUUUGGGGUGAAAAGACUCACUGAGGAAACGGGGUUACCGCUUCUCGUUUUCUCCCAUAAUAAAGUUCACUCUUCUUUUUCAGCAGGUGUGCAUGAUGGCCCCAACGCAAAAGAUCUCAACCAAACAGCUCGUAUGAGCCAGGAGGAAGCCAAGAAAGACCUAUCAAAACUCACUCUGAAAACAGCACUGCAACCAACAGUUGCGCCAGCUGUUGUUGCUGAUACACGCAGCCAUUCCAAAGCAGCUCUAACCCCAAACACAGAAAAUAGAACUGAUGAGCAGAAGGAAGACAGUUUACGGAAGUCAAAAGAAAUUAUGCCAGAGCUCGGUGUUGCCCGACUUCCAAACUUUACACCAGCUAGUAACGUAACAGAUGAAGUCAAAGCUGGGCCGGAGGUUGGACUUGACACACAUAGUGAAACAAAGGAAAGUUUUAAACCACAGUUCUGUAUCUAUGAUGAUACAGAUGAGGAUGAACUAGAACAUCCCAGAACUGAAUCUAAAGGCGUCACGGCGAGGGUGGAUGCGGCGUACUCGUGGUCUGCCAUGCUGGAUAACGGCAAUGAUUUUGAAGCUCGUCUCAAAGUGGAGGAUGAGAAGAUACUCAAUCUGGUGGUGGACUCUCAGUCUCUGCCAGGCACACCAGACACCACGCCGGGUAAAACGCCAACUGAGGAGAGCACACCAACAAGUGAACCCAACCCUUUUCUCUUCCAGGAAGGAAAGCUUUUUGAGAUGACCCGAAGCGGCGCUAUUGAUAUGACCAAAAGGAGCUGCGAGCAAGAUGUUGGCGGCUUCGCUUUUUUCCAAAUUGGUGAACACCCACACGAGGAGCCCAUAUUGGAAAACAGCAAGCAAGAAUGCAGGGCGUCAGCAGCUCAACAGGAAGUUGGCCUCAAUCUAAAACUUGAGGUCAAGAUUAAGGAGCAGGCUGAAGAAACGGUACCCUCACAGCUUCAGUUGGCAACCGAGGUUGAUCAGGCAUCCGCAAAAUCAAAAAUCCCCAAAAUGGGCCUUUCAGCUUCAGCCAAGCCUGCUGCCAAAGAUCAACCAAAUCCAGGAAGUCAAAUGGCUGAAACAGAUCACAAUAUUAACAGAGCAUCCUCCGAUUUAGAUUCAAGCUCACCCGAUCAAAUGAUUAUGAACGUAGAGAAUGCAGAAACUACAAUAACUAGAUCUAUAUAUGCUGAACAGGGAAGAGAGUCAUCAGAUUCCUCCCCUGAUGACUCAAAGUCACUGAUACAGACCCCCAAGUUGACGGAAGUGCCCCAGCAAAGCGCUUCUGGUACUGUUCCCCUCAAAACCCAAUCCAAGCCACCCCAUCAAGUUCAAAAUAAAACGGCUCCUGCCGCUGUAGCAAAAUCUCGAAUUCCUAUCAAAUCGAAGUCUCUCAAAUCAGAAUCCUUGGGGAAAUCUGCUGAAGACAAAAAACACAGAGAGCCGUCAAACAGGGACACGCACAGAAAGUCUGAAAUGGACACAGGCACUUGCGUGGAUGUCAAGACUAAGACGUCCACCAAGAACCUCUCUGAGGGGGCCUCGAUCAGGGCAACUGCAAACAAAGGAGAGUCAAAACCAAAAGUCUUCCAGUCGAGAUUGCCCAUCAAAGGUAAAAGUGGCGCAUCUUCUUCUCAAUCGUCAACAACCAGUAAAGAUAAAAGCAAGACACGCAAGCACUCCGCCGGAGCUUUCGAAGAAAUCAGUGACGAGGCCGCCAAACUUGUGGAGAGGCUGGCUGAGGAGAAAAAAGACGACGACGACGACGCGUCCGAGGACGAGAGGGGUCUUAUAGAUCUGUCGGUCCUCAAAAGAGACUCAUUCGGCGAUAUGCACCCCCUGCCCUUGGGAGAGGUCCUUGCUAUUGGACGGUUGCAUGACGUUGCUGUUGAGACACAGAUGGAGCAGAUCGUGGACGGGAGAGCUCAAAGUCAAGGCGCUCAGGGUGGAGCGGAGAGCAAAAAGCAAACGUUGUCGGUGAUUGCUGACCACCUGGGCUUCAGCUGGGAAGAGUUGGCACGAGAACUGGAAUUCAGUGAGGAGAGGAUUAACUUCAUAAGGACUGAAAACCCAGAUUCCUUGCGAGACCAAAGUUACGCCCUUUUGGAUCUAUGGACCGAGGGAGAGGGAAUCGAUGCCAUAGAAACGACACUGAUCAAGAGACUGAGCGAGAUCAACCGCAGGGACAUCGUUGACUUGAUCCAUAACAGAGAGACGCCAUCAGCGCAGGAGGGCUCAUCGGACACCACCGCAAUGAAACCCGAACCGCAAAAUGAGAUGGACUCAACAUGCACGCCUGAAGCUUCUGGGGAACCAGCAAGAGGUGUGAAACAGCAGAGGCCGGGUGCCACGCCGUCGUCGCGGUUCGAGGUGGAGCCCGCCAAGGAUCGAAAAGUCGGCAAGGUUGUCAAGACGACCGUGACGACCAGACGGCGGUCGCGAGACACGAGCAGGGAGCACUUGGAGAAGACGCCCGACACUUCAAGUCCGGCGGGUGAGCGGCCUUCUCGCAAAACAGCAGCUGCGCCCUGACAGGCGUGCCGGGAUGAGCGUGGGAGACCAGAAAAGUCAUCGCGCCCAGCAGCUGCUUCCCUUUAGCUUCCAUCUUACUCCUCGUCCACGGGCUCUUUAUUUUCUCUCUUUGGGGAAUUCUCCUCCGUCCUGUUUAUUUAUUUAUUUAUUUUUUUGGGGGGGGGGGUAAUUUAUCUUUUGCUCCUUUUGUGGCCAAAGACUUGCGACCCUCUCGCCCGUUAUGUUUACUGUACAAGCGACCGCUCCGGGGAACGGGCGAUCAUCAGCUAUCACCACCACCUCUUCACGCAGCUUCAUUGAUUUACAGCUGCUUUGCCCAGUGUCGUCACGGCUGAUCUGUGUGCGUGCCAAAUGUUUUUCUUUUGGUAGAUUCGUGGAGUCCACUGUAACGUCGUCGCAGCUCCUCAAAAAUGCGUCGGGGAGAAAAGUGUCGGGACUGAUGACGAGCUGUCAAAGUGCGCAAUUGUUCGCACACUUGUGUUUGUGAAUAAAUUCCUCGACAAAAAUCGGAGGCUGCUACUCAGAACACUGGGUUGAAGAGAGUUAUCAUUUUGGGGUGGGGGAAAACAAAAGCCAGAAUUUUAUUGAAAAAAAAAUUAAAAUAAAAUCAGGAAAAAAAAAAAAAAAAAAAGUUUAGUUUUAAAAUUUAAUGAGGGAAAAGCUGGUACCACGGAAUGCCAAUUUUACCAGAAUAGCUGUAGUUUUGAGGGGUGUUUACAAAAAAAUGGAUUUUUUUGGGGAUGCUUAAGUUUUAUUCAAAAGCAAAGCAAAUUUCAAUGUAACGUGCAUUUCAUACACAAGGUAACUCAACGCAUUUUACAUGACCGUUCCUUUUAGUCCGACGCGUUUCGCAGUAUAUUGAGAUCUACGGACUCAAAAGCCCCACUGAGAUCCAACAAGACAAAAACUGACACAUUUUCUAAGACAGUACUCAAUCUUAUGUCAUUUAACACUUUGAUAAGAGCAGAUUCUGGACUGAUUGCUGCGUCCAGUGCUCUGCGCUCCCAAAAACUGGAGAAAUUGUCAAUGGCACUCACGGAUAGCGCAGUACACACUUCGCUCAACCACUUAUUUAAUUGACGGCGCAUCGAGAAAGUUCAUCACCAAAUCUUACAGGACGGAGAGGUCCACUUAUAAAGACCCCAGCAUUCAAAAAUUGUAAUUUUGGUAAGAAAUCAAUCAAAUCUUGUUUCAGCACCUCUGAUUGCUUUUUCAGAACAUGCAAACUUCCUGAAUGUAUAACAGAUUUUACUGUUGGGUGCCGACAAGCGAUGCCAAGGAUUUUUUUGAGACAUAUCAGACAGUGUCAAUGGUAAAACACAGUAGUACAUUGGUGUACAUUUCUUUGAAAUAUGCAUAACAUCAAGUCCUACAUAAUACAUCUGCAAAAAAAAGUUUCACAACU